AUGCCUCCCAAUCUCACCGGCUACUACCGCUUUGUCUCACAGAAGAACAUGGAGGACUACCUGCAAGCCCUAAAUAUCAACAUGGCUCUGCGGAAGAUAGCAUUGCUGAUGAAGCCAGACAAGGAGAUUGACCAUCAAGGCAGCCACAUGACAGUGAAGACUCUCAGCACCUUCCACAACUAUACUCUGGAGUUUGAGGUGGGAGUUGAGUUUGAAGAGAACCUCAAAAUGGUGGAUGGACGGAAAUGCCAGACCAUAGUAACCUGGGAGGAGGAGCAGCUGGUGUGUGUACAGAAAGGGGAGGUCCCCAACCGGGGCUGGAGACACUGGCUGGAGGGAGAGAAGUUGUAUCUGGAACUGACUGCCAGGGAGGCGGUGUGUGAGCAGGUCUUCAGGAAGGUCAGAUAG